CCCGUGAGGUAGAGCAGUCGCGCAGAAAUAUGAGGAGUGUUGUAUCUCCACCGUGUGAGCUAAUGUCUUUACCAGACGAAAUGGUUCUAAACUGCUUGGCCCGCGUGUCGAGAACCGACCUAGGUGCCUUAUCACUGCUCUCAAAGAGCAUCCGCUCACUGGUGACUUCCCCUGAGAUGUACGAGAUCCGAUCUCGAAUGGGUACGAGGGAGGAGUGCAUCUAUGUAUGCAUGGGAACUACUUUCAACAGUGAUCCGGUGGCCUGGUUCAUACUCAGGCGAGGAAAGGGAACAACAACGAAGAAGAAUCGGCUGGUCCCGAUCACGAACCCUUCGUUCUCGACUCCGACAGGAGCCACCUUUGUCUCCCUGGGAUGGGGGAUCUAUGUGAUGGGAGGGAGGAUAAGUGCCGUGGAAACAUCUCGCGUCUGGUUCUUGGAUUGUCGGAAUCACACGUGGAGCGAGCUGCCCUCGAUGAGAGUUGCUCGGUAUGAAGCCAAGGCAGGGGUCUUGGACGGUAAGAUAUACGUCAUGGGAGGCUGCGUAGACGAGGAUCCAGAGGUUUUCGACCCAAACACUCGAACUUGGAGUAGAGUGGUUAUCCCUGAGCCGGUGAUAUUGAGCAAGGAGGUUACUGAGGUGGUUGGUCCGGAUAGUUACUCGUACGAGUUUCGGAGUGAAGAAGGAACGAGAUUGCCAUCUAUUUACUUGGAGAUAACUCGGAUGUGUGGCAUUGCUAUAUGCUCAACCGUGGUUACAAACACGGCCUCCUUGGCUUAGUUCCGGGUUUCAAACUCAGCAAAUCUGGUGGCAACAUCGUCAUCUUCUGGGGGGUGGUCGUCGGACCCAAGAGGAUGCAGGUUUGGUGUGCUGAGGUUUCGCCGGAGAUGCGCCAGGAUGGACAAGUUUUGGGGAUCAUCCAGGGCAUUGAUCAUGUCUUCACUGUUGACCCUGACCAAUAUGUUUUAUCUUCUAUUAAUGUUUGUAUUUAAAAGACUUUGAUACUCUUUGUUUAUCUUGUCAAGUGUGUUUCCUCCGCUUUGAUGGUCAGUUUGGGUUCUAAACUAUUGAUUAAUAUUAUACAUGUUCU